UGCGGCGGUGGCGACGGGUGGUGGUGGUGGGGUGUUGAGUUUCAAUAACAAUGGAAACUGAAUCGGGAAAUGGAGAGGAGGUGGCGAGCGUGACCUCGGGCUUCGUUUCCUCCUGGCUGCAGGUGGCUGCGGGCAGUCCGGCGCUCAGAGAGGAGCAGCAGGCGAGCAGGACCAUCGAGAGGUUUGAUGUCCCGCUGAAGAGCCUGAGGGAGAUGUUCGAGAAGCCGGCUGUCACCAGCACCGAAGUCGCCGCCCUCCCCGACAGAGCCAGCGCCGCUCACUCCGAGCCGUCCACGCGUCCAGCCAUGGCCUCCCCUCCAGACGCCGCUCUCUCUGCAGGCAGCGGAAGCAGAUCCAGGUCCGGACAUCCCGAGGAGAAGGCCCCAGGCGGUGAGGACCAGGAGGCCGAGCAGGUGUCAGUGAAGGAGAGAAUGGCCAUGUAUCAGGCCGCCGUGUCCAGCAAAGAAAGCGGUGCUUCCUCUUCCGCUGUGAUGAUGGAUGAGUCAGAGGCCUGUUCGCUGCCUGGUGGGCUGGCAAGUGUGAAGAAACAGUUUGAGAGUCAGGAGUUUGCCUCUUCAUCCUCCCAGUCCACUGUCACGCAGUAUCAAGUCCAGAAGAAAUCAGUCCAGGAGAUCUCAAGCUCUUCGGAAGUGAUGGUGAGGAGCAGCGCCCGCCAAGAGGUGAUCCACGAUCAAAGGGUGCACCAUAACAAUGUGACCACGAGUUACGGGAACCAUUACAAUGAAACCGUUACGCUCGUUGGAGGAGACGACCUACCAAAGGUUUCCACUCAGGCUUUGAAGCAGCAGUAUGAAAAAACGAUUGAGGAAGCUGCACCAGCCAAGGAAAUCAAGGUUGAUGUGGAUUUCAACCAGUUUCAAUGGACACCUGUUAACCAAUCGUCCAAAGUGUCCACAAGUUAUGACACGUCGUCUGAUGCAAAGAUGGUGACUGCUUCCUCUGCUUCAUCUAUGGGUUACAAGGCGACUGAUCACUUUUCUCCUCCACCAUCACAUCUGCAAGUGAAAGCCAGUGAAAGUAGCUCCCAGUCUCAGGAGUCUGCCUCCCGCCAAAGCUACACUGGGAGCAAGGAACAGUACUUCAAGCACAAGAGCAUGGCGGAGCUGAAACGCCUCUACAAGCACAUACAUCCCGAUGUGCGCAAAAACCUAGAGGAAGAUUUCCUCAGCCAGCUUAGUGAAGCAGAAAAGGCAUCGUUCGAAAGCAAAGAAAUGAGUGAAGUCCAGCAAACUCGCUUUAGGUUUGAAAACGACGACUCAAGUGAAUGUUCAAGCCCCGAUGAUGAGUCUUUGGAGUGGGACGAGAUCCUCAAAGGGGAGGUGCAAUCGAGGCGCUGGAUGUUCGAGAACAAGCCUCUAGAUACGAUCAAAGACGAUUCCACCGAUGAGAUUGAAGAGAGAAACAUUGCACAGCAGGAAAUAAUAGCUGGCAAAGAUGUCCGAUACACAGCUUGGAUGUUUGAAACUCAACCCAUAGACGCUCUGGGGACGGAGGCUCCCGAAACUCUAGAUCAAUCGGAGAAACAGACCGAUCUGGCGAGAGGUGAUGUCCGCACCGCUACUUGGCUUUUUGAAACGCAGCCUCUCGACUGUCUUAACAAGAUCUACCAAGAAGACGAACAGGAGUCGGAUGGCAGUAAAGACAUCACCGGAGGAGAUGUCAAAACGGCCAGGUACCUCUUUGAGACCCAGCAUCUGGACUCCUUGGGCAAAAGUGAAACUAUUGAGGAGAGCAAUUUCCUAAGCCUCAAGUCUGAGCUUGAGGAGAUUAAGGGGGACGUCAAGACCACGACCCGCAUGUUUGAGACCUUCCCCAUGUGCGUCAUCAGAGGAGAUUCUGGUGAGAUGCUGGAGAUCACCACCAUCCGCCGGGAGGAGACUGAGAAAGGAGACGUGAGGACGUCACGCUGGAUGUUUGAAACCCAACCUCUGGAUAUGAUCAACAAAGACCCGGCACAGGUAAAACUGAUAUGUGGAAUUUCGCAAGAGGAAGCCACUCAAGGUGGCGUGAACAGAGGCAAAUGGCUUUUUGAGACAAAGACUCUUGAUUCUAUCAAAGACGAGGAGUGGGAGAGUUCCUUGAUUCAAAGGAAAGAGAUAAUCGGAGCUGAUGUGAAAAAACAUUGCCUCGUUUUUGAGACUCAGCCGAUGGACACCCUCAAAGACAACACCAAUGCUAGACCUUUACCCUCUGAAGAUAUCGUAGGAGGCGAUGUUAAGUCAGCCAAACACCUGUUUGAGACGGUGCCCAUGGAAAACCUGAAAGAGCUGCUUCAGGUGGGGAAGCUUACAAAAACGGUAGCAUCCGAGGAAGAAAAAGGUGACGUGAGGCAUCAGAAGUGGGUCUUUGAAAGCCAACCACUGGAGAGCAUACAGGAGGAGAAGAAGGAGAUCACAAGGACUGUAAAUAUUCAAGCUCAAGACAAAGGAGAUGUGACAAACUAUAAAGAGAGAUUUGAAACUAUGGAUUUAAGCAAGUGUGAAAGAACAGAGAAAAUCCAAGUUGAAGGCGUCACAAGUGGAUCUGUGAAGUCCAACAAGGAUCUAUUUGAAUCUACACCACUGUACGCCAUCCAGGACAGCUCUGGCCAUUAUCAUGAGGUGAGGACAGUCAGGCGGGAGGAGAUAGUAAAGGGAGACACCCACAGCUGCAGAUGGAUGUUUGAAACGCGCCCCAUUGACCAGUUUGACGAGAGCGUCAGUAAGUUCCAGAUCAUAAAAGGAAUCUCCAAAGAGGAGAUCGAGUCCGGAGACGUCAAAACAGCAAAGUGGCUGUUUGAGACCCAACCUCUUGACGCGAUCAAGCAUUUCAGCAAUGCUGAGGUUGAAGAACAUAAAACCAAGGAAGAAAUUGAGAAAGGAGACGUGAAAACGUGCAGGUGGCUGUUUGAGACUCAGCCAAUGGACGUUCUGUACGAAAAAGUUGACAGGAGUGAGACCGACGUGAAGGAAGUGCACAGAGGAGACGUGAAGACCUGCACGUGGCUGUUUGAGACCCAGAUGCUGGAUAACAUUCGCGACCAUUCGGAGACAGAGAAUGUUCUGAAGACCUGCACAGUCAAGCAGCAGGACAUCCAGGGCAAAGACGUGCAAAUGGCUCGCUUCCUGUUCGAAACAGAGAACCUGGAAAACAUCACCGGGGAGGAGGGCGGCUCCUUCAGGCGGGUCACCGAAAUCGACGUCCAGUCAGGGGACGUUUCCAGGAUGAAGUGCAUCUUUGAGAAUCGCUCAUCGGAUAUCAUAAGCUCUACUUCGGAGGAAACCAUGCAGAGGCUGAAGACUCAGCAGGCUGAGGACAUCCAGAAGGGAAACGUGGUGAACUGUACCUGGAUGUUCGAGAACAAACCGAUUGACACGAUCUGUGACGCUGAAGGAAGGGAAACGCGCACAGUGACCGAUGUUCAGGGGGGCGACGUCGACAAAGGGCGCUUCAUUUUUGAGACUUACUCUCUGGAUCAAAUAAAGGACGAAUCAAGUGAGACAACCGUUUCGCAACUAACGAGUAUUUUCAGAAACGACACGGAGAAGGGAGAUGUGAAAAACUAUAGGAUGAUGUUUGAAACUCAACCGCUUUACGCUAUCCGUGACAAGGAGGGCCACUACCAUGAAGUAACCACGGUAACUAAAGAAGAAAUCCUGAGAGGAGAUGUGGUGGGCGCACGGUGGCUUUUCGAGACCAAACCUCUGGAUUCCAUAAGGGAUACGGAGGAGGUCUAUGUCAUCAAAGCUGUGACUGAGGAGGGCAUCAAUAAAGGAGACGUGAACUCCGCCAGGUGGAAGUUUGAAACACAACCAUUGGACGAGAUCGCAGAGGAAAUUAAAGUCAAGUCCAAGACAAUUGCUGACAUCCAAGGCGGUGAUGUGAAGACAAACAAGCAGCGGUUUGAGACCGACGAGACUUUGCAGAAGUACGUCAGAACCGUGAGCGUCAGCGAAAUCCAGAGGGGCGACGUCCGAUCGGCCACAUGGAUGUUUGAAACCCGCACCAUAGACGAGAUUCGGGGGGACGGCGUGGAAUACGACGGCAUGGAGAAGGUGAAGAAAGAGGAAGUCAUGAAGGGGGAUGUCAAACAGUCCGUGUGGCUCUUCGAGAAACACCCGCUGGAUAGCAUCAGAGAAUCAGAGGGCUCUGAGACCGUCGCGUCGAAGGAGGAAGUCCUGCGGGGAGACGUGAAAACGACCACAUGGCUUUUUGAGACCACGCCGUUUCACGAAUUUAACGAGAGCAGCGUGGAGAAGACCGAAAUCAUCGGCAAGAGCAUCAAGGGGACACUGGAGGAGCUCUACAGCCAGAAAAUGGUAGAAUCUCAGGGUGUUCUAAUUGAAGCGGAUGAAAUCGGCGACAUUCGCAUGGCAAAGUAUAAACUCCUAAACCAGGAGGCCCCACAAAUCCAAAAAGAGGAGAUCAUUAGUGGGGACCUGAGCAGCAUAAUGAUGAACCUCCUGAACCGGAGGGAGACGGCAGAAAGGGGGAUAACUAUUGACAAGGAGGAGCGCGGCAACAUCAACACCACCGUGAAGCAGCUGCUCAGCCAGGAGCGGGGAAUCAAUGUCGAGAAAGAGGCAAUUAUUCAUGGCGAUAUUCAGGAGGCCAUGACCAACCUGCUGAGGACUGAGGGCUCCUCCAAGCGAGGCAUUCUGAUUCAGGAAGACGAGAAGGGCGACGUCAAGAUGACCAUCUAUUCCCUUCUAAAUAAAGGGGAGAAAACCAGCAUGGAGAGGGAGGAUAUCAUUCAAGGGAACGUCACCAAAACUCUUCAGCGUCUCCUCUCCAACUCCGGGGAGGAGGAGUCGAAAAGGAUACGAGUUGGAGAGAUGGAGAGGGGAAACGUUAGCUUCUACACUACGUGCAUCGAGUCUGGUGCCUUGGACUACUUGAAGCAGUUUCAGUCAGAGUCGAGUGAGGAGCAUGAAGAGGUCCAAAAGGAGCACAUCAUUGGCGGCAACGUGGAAGAAACCAAAAUCCUGCUGCGGAAGAAUCAGCAGACGGUCGGACGUACGGUGGCAGAGGACGACAUUGUGCCUGUUGAUGUGAACAGUAUUGUUCAAGUGUUCAUGACAGAGCCGGCCGUCACCUACAGAAAUCUAGAAACAAAGGACAUUGUCAAAGGAGAUCUCAGCGCCGCCAUGGACUCACUGAACCAUGCCAUAAAGCAAAAAGUGGUCAUCGAAAAAGAAGAGGUGGUGAAGGGAGACAUACCCACAACUUUGAGGAGUCUGGAGGAGGCUCAGCAUCAGCCCAAAGAAAUGGAAAAGCCUGAAAUCAUCAGAGGAGACAUAAGGAGCGCUUUGGAGUCGCUGGAAAAAUCAGCGUCGGUCAAAACGGAGGCAACUGUUGAAGAUUUGGUGCCCGGGGAUAUCAAAGGAACUCUGAGGAGCCUGCAGGAGGCGAAACAAGCCGUGAAGGAGGUGGAAAAGGCGGAGAUUAUCAAAGGGGACAUUCACACCGCCAUGCAAAGUUUGCACGAGGCGUCCAGCGAGAAGAAGUCCUUCCAGCACCAAGUAAGUGAGCAAGGGGAUGUCAAAGGCACCAUCCAGCUCCUGCUAGAGCCGACAACCUCUCCGAGAACUCAACGGAGGGGGAGCAUCGAGGGAGACGUGAGGACUUCCAUAAAAUGCCUUUACGAGGGGCAGGAGGCAGCACAGGUGGAGAAAGAAGAGGUGGUAAGAGGGGACGUCCAAGGGGCAAUAAAGUCACUAAUGCAGAGGAAGCAGUACACGAGCAAGAAACGCUCGCACGCUCCCAAAAAAACAAAAGCGGUCGUAAAAAACCCAUCAGCUGCAGAGCAAACGGAGCGUGAAUCCACACAGGAAUCCAAGAGCGUGGCAGUCACCUCGACCUCCGCCGUGAAAAACCUCGCUCAGAGUGGCGAAACGUGCACACAGAGGCACCAUGACACCAAAUCGCUGAAAACACAGGUAAUAACCCAAGAGGAGCACGCAGUUGCUGUAGUCAAAACAGAGAAUCCUGCAGGGGCUUGUCAUCAGAAAGUGCAGCCUCCACAGAAAACACCUGCUCCCAAGCCUUUUAUGAUGAAGACGAAACAAAAGAGCAAUCAGGAUCAAACGGAGACGAAAUCUGCUGAUGUGAAUGUGAUCAAACAGAAGAGCGUCUCCAACGUGCAAAUAAGCCAGACAACGACGGUCAAGCAGGUGCAGACGGCGGUGACGGAGAAAACCGUCACACAGAAGCAGGUCCAAACGACGCAGAAGAAAAGCGAGGUCCUCACCGAAAAGCAAAACCCCAAUUUCAACCGCAAGAACCCCAACAAAGGAGGCGUUAAGACCGUCAAGGCAGAGAUCCACUUCCCUCCGCCCCCAUCCUCGCCGCCUCCUCCAUCUGAGUCCGAAAUGUCCCUUCCUCCACCUCCGUCACCGGUGACAGAGAGUCCGUCGCCCUCAACAUCCCGGCCGUCGAUCAUGAGGCAGGACAGCGACUUGCCGCCUCCUCCGCCUCCACCUCCGAUGGAAUUUUUCCCUCCACCUCCCGCGGAUUUUCUCCCUCCGCCUCCGUCCCCGCAAGAGCUAAACGCACUACCUCAGCCUCCACCUGCGAAGCCGUUUGGCAAACCUUUAUUUAAAGUGCCCAAGCCGCCAGAACCGCCCAAGCAGCCCGCACCGGUGAAGCCCAAAUGGCAGAAAAAAGCUCCACCUCCACCUCAAGUUUGCCCUCCUCCAGUAAUAGAAUCCACAUCAAAACAAAAAGAGGAAACAAAAGUUGAAACACAGCAGACUGUAACCAGUGGCGAAACCAAACCAGCACCCACAAAAAUACCCAGCAUCCCCACUCAGAGUCCACAGCCACCGAGAAAAGUCUUUGUCCCCCCGAUUAAACUGCCCCCACCAGAAGACCCGGCUCCAGCUCCAAAGGCCAAACCGUACGCCCGCAAAUUUAAGACCCCGCUCAUGCUGGCAGAGGAGAAGUACCGCCAGCAGAAGCUGGAGAAGGAGGCAGAGGAGAUGAGUAGGGUCACCACUCCUACUUCACCACCGGUUAGCAUAACCGCUGCCGGUAUAAGUCAGUCUGCAGUGGAGAAAAGGAAGGAAGAAGAGGUUCUAGAAGUAGCGCCAACUGAGAAGACCCAGUCCCAAAAGCCUAUUAGCAAACCCACUACUUUAGCAAUAAAUAAAAAAGCUGCCACUGCAUCUUCCAUGGCAACGUUGGAUAAAAAGCUUGUUUCCGUAAAGCAUACGAGUGAAAAAGUUUCCUCAGCUGCUAAUCAGACUCAUCAUGAGGCCUCGGAAACCCAAACAAGCUCAAACGUGGUCACUUCCUCAGUUGUGGAGACGCAGCACUUCAUGAAGAAAUCCAGCGGCAAAUCUGUGGAAGCUUCAUCGAUCCCGGUGAGGGAAAAUCUGCCAAGCCACACCUCCGUCCCCCAAAGAAGCGAGGACGUGAAGAAUGCGCCACAGGAGGGAAAACCAGCACCCAUUCAGGCGACAAAAAUUCCCAAAGUCAGUCCGAGCUUUAAAGUGAAAACAUUUAAAGCUCCGAUGGAGAAAAAAGAUGAGCAAAAGGAAACGGUAAAAAGCAGCGUUGCGCAGAAAGUGAGUGUGGAAAGCAAACAACUGACUUCAGCAAAAGCUGAUAUUAAAACAGAAGUGAAGGUGGUGUCGGCCACUGAAGCGGACGCUCGAACCAAGCAGGUGCAGAAAACUGAGGUGGAGGUGAAGCCGGCGCCAUCGGUUACCGUCUCACUGCCAAAGUUGACCAAGAAGACGGCGACCCAUCAAGGACGGGAUGUCAUAUCUGCCUCCCACAGCCAGCAGAGCGUCAAAGCGGAGCAGCGUCACGAGGAGGUGGUGGUCACCGAGCGGGUGGUGAGGAGGCAGGAGAUCGUUCAUCAGCAGCAAACCAAGCAACAAACGACAGAGGCAAACAAAACGCAGAUAAAAUCGAAAGCUGAGACAACAACCGAUAAACGUGACGCCAAGGUUGAAGAAAACGCUGAUUUGGAGAAGUCCAACACGUUGCAGAAGCUGUUGGCUCAGAUGAAAGAGCUCGAGGGCCAACCGAGCAGAUUGGACACCAACACCGUCAGGGAGGUCAUAGGCCAAGUUCCCGACUGGGUCAUGAGUGCAGACGAAAAGAAGAACAUCAGUGAAAUCGCCAAACAGCAAAGCAAGAAAAAGCUGAAAGAGAUGUUUGCUUAUGUGAGAACGAUCGUCCACACUAAAUUGACGCUUCUGGAGAAAUGCGUGAAGAAAGAGGAGCCACCUCCCCCUGUGCUUCCAAAACCUGACAAAAAAGUUUUCAGCGUUGCAGCGCCACAAGUUAGCGCAGCGCAGAAGACACAGAAGAAGGUGGUGGAGGAGAAAAAGACUAUGCAGGAGAGCAGAGUUCAUGGGAUGAGCCAAGCCACCGAGCAGAGGGUGUCCUCCCCGUUGGCAAGCAUCCGGACCCCAUCGCCCACGUUCAUUAGCAUUGAAUCCCGGCGGGUGGACUCGCCCUUGAGAGUGACCCCGUCUCCUCCGCCUUUCAGGUCGGUUGGGACACCUCCGCCCCCUCCUCGGAAAUCUUUCACUCCCACCUUCAGCAGGACCACGAUGUCUCCCACUCUCAAUCGCUCCGAGAAGUUGAUGAAAGUCACCACCUCCAAGCUUUCCCGCGAAAUGACUCCUCCUCCUCCUCCUCCUCCAGUGGCAAUGCCAGAGGUCGACUGGGAGGCAACCCCAGAGAGGAGCGAGCAGGAGCUGGUGGACGUCGCGGAGAUGGUGGAUUCCAUGAUGACGGUAAAGGACAAGAAGUCCUUCUUCGAGGAGGCCCAGAGGGCUGAAGUGAACAAGACCUACUUCCGGAAGGAUCCCAUCGAAAUCCCCGAACGUUUGGGGCCGGAUGCCGAAGAAUGCCCUGACGCCGCGACCCUCGACUUGCUGAAAGAGGACCUCCCGAAAGUAGACCUGUCAAAGCUCGUCAACAGGUUUGAGUCACCCCAGCCAAAAACUUACAGCCGAAAAGAACCCAUCGUCAUCACGGAGAGGCUGGGGAGCGACACCGAAGACGCAGAGCCCGACGUUCAAACCCCAAAAACGGAAGAGAUCCCGACGUUCAACGUCAAAGCAAUAAAGAAUGUGUUUGAGACGGGAGAGCACAGCUCCCAGGCGGCCCGGGAGCUGAGGGAGCAAAUCGAGAGAAGGGAGUCAGAAGGGAGUCACUCCGGAUCCGUCGCAGAGCAAUUCUCCAACGUGGACAACUUAGGAAACCUGACGGGAGGCGAAAUGGAUUCUGGGAGCACGUCGAGUCGCGGCAACCCCCCGUCCUACGCCGACGUGGUGAGGGGCAGAGUUCCGACCGUGGACGUGCCCCCGGAGGCCUCCACCGAGGAGCUGCUGAGGAGCUUCCAGCAGUCGUGGGCCGAGAGCCAGGGAGUCUUCCAGAACCUGGGUUUCAGGGUCACGGAGCAGAGGUCGUCGCAGAUCGUGACCCACCAGCAGGAGACGUUUGUGUCGGAAAAUUCGAGUUCCAGAGUCCGAACUGUGCAGGGUGUGCCGGAAGCGGGUGUACCCCAUGGAGUCACUGAUGGCAGACAAACAAAACUUCCAUAAAAGCUGCUUUCGCUGUGAGCACUGCGGAGGCAAACUGAG